UCUCCCACUGUAAAAGAAAAUCUGCGCAGAACGGCCCGGCCGAAAGAAAAGCCCAAAACAGCAUCUCUCUCUCUCUCUCUAUCUCUCUAAGGUUUCUCCUUGAUUCCUCCGUGCUUUCAAUCCGCUAGGGGGAAAGCAGUAGCUGCUCAAUCCCAAGCCGAAUCCCGCUCCUCCUCCCCGGCGACUGCGAUCGUGCCCGUUCCGUCCGUUCGCCUCGCUUUCGGGACCUCCCUCCCCGAUGGCCGUGGAGGACGACGUCGAGAGCUGCGGGAGCCGGGCGGCGGACGCGUCGUCGGCGCAGGCGCAGCCCCGGGACCAGCGGCAGAAGCUCGAGGCCUACAACGAGGUGCUUCGCCGCCUGCAGGCGUCGUCGGAUUGCGAGGACGCCCACGCCCCCGGGUUCGACGAUCAGCUCUGGCUCCACUUCAAUCGCUUGCCCGCGCGAUAUGCACUGGAUGUGAAUGUGGAGAGAGCAGAAGAUGUGCUCAUGCAUAUGAGACUGCUCAAAUUGGCUGAAGAUCCUGAUAAUCGGCCUGCGUUUGAUAUUCGACCUGUCCAAGUUUAUCCCAAUGUUAAUGGGAACCGCAAUGAAUCUGUUGAUUCAGAGUCUGCCAUGGCUGAUGAUGCUCAAAGUAGUCUAAAUCAAUCCGGUAGAGUGGGAAUUCUUCUACCACCUACAUUUGGUUCAUCGAGUAAUUUCGACGGACUCAAUUUACAAGCAAAUAGACAGAACGUUGAAGAUGGAGACGGUAUAGUGAGGCCUACGCAUGAAAUUACCUUCUCAGCUCUUGACAAGCGAAAGGUAUUAAGUGAGCUCACUGCUUUGCUUUCUGAGAUUGGACUUAACAUCCAAGAAGCUCAUGCCUUUUCUACCGUUGAUGGGUUCUCUCUGGAUGUCUUUGUAGUUGAUGGUUGGCAUUCUGAGGAAGAGGAACUUAGGAAAGAAGUUGAGAAAGGAAUUCUAAAAUCGAAGCAGGAGCAUUUUGGGCCAAAACAUCAUUCCAUACCAGCCCUAGGCGAGCACAACCAAGAUGGCACUGAAUGUUUUCCAGAAUGUGUUAAAAUUCCCACGGAUGGAACUGAUGUAUGGGAAAUAGAUAUGGGGCAGCUAGUUACUGGAGCUAAAGUUGCAUCUGGAUCAUUUGGUGAUUUGUAUAGAGGUACAUAUUGCGGUCAGGAAGUGGCUAUCAAGAUCCUAAAGCCUGGACGUGCCAACGCUGCCAUAUUGAGCGACUUUGCUCAGGAAAUUUAUAUAAUGAGGAAAAUCCGACACAAGAAUGUUGUGCAAUUUAUAGGUGCAUGUACCCGCCCACCAAACCUUUACAUUGUGACAGAAUUCAUGUCCAAAGGAAGCAUAUACGACUUUCUACAUAAACAAAAUGGUGCAGUUAAGCUUCCUUCUCUACUUAAGGUGGCUAUCGAUGUCUCCAAGGGGAUGAACUAUUUGCACCAGAACAAUAUAAUUCACCGGGAUUUGAAGACUGCCAAUCUUCUGAUGGAUGAAAAUGAGGUGGUUAAAGUGGCAGAUUUUGGAGUUGCCAGGGUGCAGGCUGAAACUGGAGUAAUGACGGCUGAAACGGGAACAUACCGCUGGAUGGCCCCAGAGGUAAUUGAACACAGACAGUAUGACCACAAAGCAGAUAUUUUUAGCUUUGGCAUAGUAUUGUGGGAGCUUCUGACCGGAGAACUUCCUUAUGCCUACAUGACCCCUCUGCAAGCAGCUAUUGGAGUAGUACAAAAGGAUCUCCGUCCUUCCAUUCCAAAAGACACUGACCCAUUGCUUGUAGAACUACUUCAAAGUUGCUGGGAGCGAGACCCCAAGAGAAGGCCCAACUUCUCUGAAAUCUCGGAAAUCCUCCAGCAGAUAGCAAAAAAGGUUGGAGAGGAAGGGGAAGACAAGCGCAAGGACAAAACAUCGGGUGGGUUCUUUUCGUCAUUCAAAAGGAGCCAUAAUUGAGGUGGAAAGGAAAGAGUGUAUAUAUAUUCUACCAUCUAAUCAUAUAGCGUGAUGCCGAUGACAACAGGGUAGCUGCAUUCUGUACAGAAUUUGUCUGGGUGAUUAGCCGAAGUCGUAACAAUUGUUUGCCUCUUCUUUUGGGAGCUCAAGUUGUUACCAUAUUUUUGCCUUUUACCCCAAAAAAAGAAAAAGAAAAGGAAGGAAAUGGAAAAUAGCUCCUGUUGUCCUUACAAUUUACCUCGUCUUGUACUUUAGCUCUAGAAUUAGAAUUUAUUCUGACGUGUCUUGGUCCUCCAACCUCAUAUUAGGCGAAUAUUGGGCAUGUUUCUUGCUUGCGAUGCAUGCAGGUGUGUAGUUAAAGAAAAAUUAGGGAAACUGCCUUGCACUUGUUUAGUCGAGGAAUUUUGCUAACAUGGCUGAUAUUUGUCUAAAAUGGGGCUUGGAGGACUAAUUUAAAUCAAUGCGAAUACUUCAGGGACUGUUGAGCAAAAGAAGAGCUCCCUUCAACAUUUAGAAUGUUGAACCUCUAAAAUCUAGGAGCUAAAGUGCAAAACUUUGUAAGUUUAGGGACACUGUUGCUAUUUCCCUUCCAGAAAAAAAAAAAGGUUCAGUAUCCAUUUGCUUAUGUGUUCUCAUUCUGCCAUUUGUAUUCUUCUCCUGAUUCUUCUGCUGUCGUUUGUCAAUUUCCUGAUGUGUGAUGGACGAUGUUGUUCUGAUUAUAAAUGUUGUUAGUUUGUUUAA